ACACCUGUUUAGUAAAUAUUGUUUAUUCACUGUAACCAUAAUAACAUUCGGUAUCGAGUCACUCGGCAGUAGAAUGAUCGUCACGGUGUGGUUAUCUGUGGAGUAUCUGAAAUAUAUCUGUAGGCGAAAGAACAGAGGGUUUAUGGGAAAUAAAGCCACGUCUGUGGCACGACUUUCAUCUGCUAUGAAGCCCAAGUGCCAUGUAAAAGCACGCUGUGAGAUUUACCCGCGGAGCGAAGUGAAGCGAUUUCCUGUUCCUGACGAGAAAGUUCCCUGGACCGUCAGUUUUCCUAAUUAUGCACCAGUGGAUUAUACAGCAGCAUCAAUCUUAAAACGACCUGUCUAUGCUGAUCCUGAUAUACGAAAUGAGAAGGUAGAUAAACCCCUGAGUUUCAAUGGCUGUGAUGGGAAAAUUAACAGAGUCAGUCACAUGGGGAAAUAUGAAGUCAUUGAUGGUGUUCCAAGGAAUCCCCGAGGUAGAACUGGAUUGAAAGGAAGGGGACAGCUGGGAAGAUGGGGACCUAAUCAUGCAGCUGACCCUAUAGUCACCAGAUGGAAGAGAGAUGACUCAGGAAAGGCUGUACAGGGACCAGAUUCCAAACCUGUACUUCAGUUUGUGUCUGUCCAGCGAAGGGACAAUCACCAGUGGGCCAUCCCAGGGGGAAUGGUGGAUGCUGGGGAAGUUGUCACGGCAACAGUUAGACGAGAAUUCGGAGAGGAAGCUCUCAAUUCCCUGGAAAUGUCUCCAGCAGAAAAAAAGAGAGUAGAGAAAGAAUUAGACGAACUUUUUAAUUCAGGACAUGAGGUCUACCGAGGGUACGUGGACGACCCCAGGAACACAGAUAAUGCCUGGAUGGAGACUGUAGCAAUGAAUUUCCAUGAUGAAGAUAGCUCAUGUUUAGGAAAAAUUAAAUUGUGUGCAGGUGAUGAUGCAAUGAAUGUUCAGUGGAUGGACUUAAGUGGUAAACUAGACCUCUAUGCAAGUCAUGUAGAAUUUCUAGCGGAGGUAGCCAAGAGACACAAUGCCAGCUGGUGACAUUACGCUGUUUCUGAUUCAUAUCAUCCCGACCAUGUAAACAGUUCCCAUGUAAACUCAUAACAAAGCUACCCCUAUACCACUGUAAAAUAGACCUCUAGAGUAAAAUAAAUGUAAAACUCGACAGUUUCCAUGUAAAUGCAUAGCAAAGCUACCCCUAUACUCCUGUGAAAUAGACCUCUAUAGUAAAAUAAAUGUAGAAAUCAACAGU